UCAAUUGCCAAAUUGGAAAAAGGCUACACGUUUACACCACGUAGGAAGAAGGGAUCUCCACCGUCCAUCCAGAAGUUUCUAAAUUUCUUCCAAAAGCAAAACAAAACAAAACAAAAACUAUGAAAUUUCAAUUAACUUUCUCCUCAAGUCAAUUCAAAGCCUAUAAAUACCUCAAAUUUCUUCCAUUCUUUCCGGUGUCCUCUAACAAACCAAACCAAUCUUCUUCCACAAUUUCAUCUUUAUUUCUACUCUCUUUUCAUUUCUUAAUCCAAAACCUUCCCACAAGCAAACCACCAUGGCCGCCGCCGGAGGAACAGAGGCUUUCCCCGAUCUCGGCCGCCACUGCCAGCACUCCGAUUGCCACCAACUCGACUUCCUCCCCUUCACCUGCGACGGUUGCCAAAAGGUGUUCUGUUUGGAUCAUCGCGGUUUCAAAUCCCACGACUGCCCUCAAUCCGAUCGGAACAGCAGAAAAGUUGUGGUCUGCGAAAUCUGCUCGACGUCGAUCGAGACCACCGGGAAGGACGGUGGCGACGAGACCAAGGUUCUGGAGAGGCAUCACGAAUCGGGGGAUUGCGAUCCAAGCAAAAAGAAGAAGCCCACGUGUGCGGUGAAGCGGUGCCGGGAAAUUCUUACGUUUUCGAAUACUUGUGUGUGUAAAACCUGCCGGUUGAAAGUGUGUUUGAAGCACCGGUUUCCGGCGGAGCAUGGAUGUGGAGGUCCGUCGUCAAGGGCAGGGGCGGUGGUAGAUAAAGGGCGGUGGAAUGAGAAGUUUAUGGUGGCUUUGGGGUUGAGGAGCGAGGGCGAUUGUGGGAAGAGGGAACGUGCAAGGACGGGGGGGAAGGGAUCUUCUCCGACUGCCCCAUCUGUUAAAGCUUGUUGAUUUAAAACUAAUUUUGUAUGAAUAAUCAUAAAUUCCGCCAUUUGUUUCGUAUAGGAAACGAAUGCUCAUAAUCAUCAAACCCUCUCUUCAAUCAUAUUGGAAGGAUUUAUCCACUAGUAUGUAUGUAGCCCUAUAAACUUAAACUUCUUGUUAAAAUGAUAUCUAUGAUUUUACUUUUAAAUUCCA